ACGGACCUCUGUUGUCAGUUGCCACCCAAGACGUGAUUCAGCUCCCAACAAUCACCAUUAUCUGUCCCCGCAGUUCGACGAUACGCGACGAAUCUGUAAUGAUGACGAGUGUUUCCUUCGCGCAUUGUUGAGGCUCUGAGGGUUGUUGGUUUUUUUUCUUCUUCCUCCAUUAUCAUUAUUCCACCUAUACCGUCAUUGGGCGACGGCAACUCCAGCCCUUUCAGGUGCUCCGCGGAGGAGGAGGAGGCUUUAUAAGCGGAGCAGCCCUUCUGUGUGUGUGCAGCUUAUAGGAAGAGCUGUUUGUGUAAACACUGACACACACACACACACACACACACAAACACACACUGGUGAGAGCUGCUGUUUGGACAGUGCGUAAAGUGGAGAGGGAUCCGCCGCCGUUUGUUUCGUCUCCUCCUUGGGAAAGGUCUUCUACUUUGAGUGCUUGUUUAUUUCUGCACCCCCCAAAAAAAACCAACCCCCAAACCAAACAAACGCGGGGCUUCACGCGAGGGACGCGAUGGCUGCUGCACCGACCAAGUUCAGUUUUUCCGUCCGGAGCAUCUUGGAUCUGCCCGAGCAGGAUGCGGAGGCUGCGCCGCGGUACUCCUCCUCCUCCUGCUCCUCCAGCUCGCCCUACUCCUCCUGGAUGGACUGCGACCGGAGCCCCUGCGUGUCCUCCGACGAAGGGAGCCUCGAGGCCUCCCCCGACUCGACCAAGCCGGACGACGCGUCCCUGGACUCGGAGCCCGACAGGAGCAAGAAGAGCAAGAAGCGCCGCGUUCUGUUCUCCAAGGCCCAGACGCUGGAGCUGGAGAGGCGCUUCCGCCUGCAGCGCUACCUGUCCGGGCCCGAGAGGGAGCAGCUGGCGCGGCUCCUCGGCCUGACGCCGACCCAGGUGAAGAUCUGGUUCCAGAACCACCGCUACAAGAUGAAGAGGGGCCGGGCGGACGGGGCGCUGCUGCUCGGGGACGCGGAGAUGGCGCACCAGCCCCCGGUGCUGCGCAGGCUCGUCGUCCCGAUCCUGGUGCGGGACGGGAAGCCCUUCCACACCUGCCUACUGGACUCGGAGAAAGCCGGCUGUUUGCCCGCUUCCUCUCAGGCGGUGCCCUUCCCCUUGGCCUACCCGGCUCUGCAGCAUCCCUCCCCGCUCGCCCUGCCUCCCAGGUACCAGCACUUUCCCACCUCCCUCCAGGCCUCCAGAUUCGCCUGGAGGGACUUCUGGAGCGACCCGGUCCACUUUAACGCGUUCAAAUGAAGGGCCUCGGUUUUCAUUCUUUAUUUCUAUUAAUGCACAAGCUCAUUUAGAAUCGCAUCAAAUGUUUUCUGAAUGCAAAAACGAAUUUUGAGCAACUUAAACGUUUAGAUUUUUCUCUAGAGAACAAAAGGUAUUUUGCACAUUUUCUUUGAAUAUUUGUUACUUUUGGAAAUACUGAUAUUUUCUCACACACAGCCUGUGUUUUUAAUUAUCCCUCGAGAUAAUGUAUUUGUAUGUUUUUUUAAAGCCGUUUAAAACCUAAUAUUUGUACAAAUGACUUGUUGUUGAUGUGACAUGAUGUACAGUAGGCUGCAGUAGAAGAGGGGGCAGCAAAGUUUGAAGGAACAAAUAAUGUUAUCUGCUUUAUUUUUUAAGUGUUUCCCUCUUUGAAUUGUUUUUAUUUGUGGAAAAAAAAAGUAUUAAUAAAAUCGCUCACAUAUUUUGUAUGAUA